GGGGUUUCUUUUCAUCCAUCCUCAUGAGCUUUGGAGAGAGGAGCUGAGGGCAGAAGGAUCCUGCUGCCAUGGGCAGGACGUGGUGGCUUCCAGCCUGGUUGGGACUUGUCUGUGGUCUUCCAGCAGCCUCUUUCCAGGGCAAGGAGUUCUUCACUGCCAUCCCACAGAACGACCAGGGUGGUGGUGCCACCAUCCAGCUGCUCCUCACAGCUUACACCGACUCCACCGAGGUGACGGUGACGGUGCCCGGCGCCGCCUUCGCCAGCUCCAUCGCCCUCGGUAGGGACAACACGGUUCCAGUCUCUCUCCCAGGGGAUCUGGAGCUGUCUGGAAGCUCCCUGUGGGAUAAAACCAUCUUGGUUCAGUCAACCAAAGAGAUCUCAGUGGUGUUGGUCAACUCCAAGAGCCGCACCACGGGUGCCACGGCGGUUCUGCCUGUUGAGAAGUUGGGUGACAAGUACUACGUGGUGACACCACGGGAUGCCAACAAGAGUGGGCUCAGGGAGUUUGUGGUGGUGGCUGGGAAGGCUCCAACCAACCUUUCCAUCAACCCCACGGGCAAGGUUUCUUACAAAGGGAGGAGUUACCUCCCUGGCUCAACCCUCCAAGUCUCCCUGAGGCCUUACCAAAGCAUCCAGCUCCAAAGCACCGACGACCUCACCGGCAGCCGGGUGAUGGCAGACGAGGUUGUGGCUGUUCUCAGUGGCCACACCUGUGCCAAACUCAAUACUGGUUGUGACUUUGUGGUGGAGCAGCUUCUGCCUGUGGCUCAGUGGGGCAAAACCUACAUGGUGCCCCCCAACCCUUUGCAGAACAAGGUGGAUUUUGCCUAUGUGGUGGCAGAUGAGAGAGCCUCCAUCACCUACACCGCCGGUGGUUCGGUUGUCACCGAGGACGUGGCAGCUGGGGAGGUUCUGAAGCUCAAGGUGACUCGGAAUUCACCUCUUUACGUGGCCUCUUCGACUCCAAUUCAAGUGGUUUUCUUCUUCACCGGCUCCCACACCAUCAAGAUUGGCCAAGACCCUUUUCUCCUCAACAUCCCACCCAUCUCCUCCUACUGCACGUCCUACCACGUCAACAGCCUGCCCAAAUACACCAACUACGCCGUCCUCGUGGCUCCCAGCGCCCACGCCACCAACACCACCAUCAACCACAAAGACCACGGGGUCACGUCUUGGCAAGUGGUUCCUGGCACAGACUUCUCCUGGACCCCAAUCUCCAUGAGCAAGGAGCAGAUCCAGAGCGUGGAGAACCUCAGGACACCCUUUGGGCUCCUGGUCUUUGGCUUCAAGUAUUACACCGGUUACGGCUUCGCCGGUGUUUGUGCCACGGCUCCUGCUACUUCACCCUGUGAAGACCUGGACUGCCAAGGGAAGUGUGAGGUGGUGGAUGGACAACCCACGUGCAUCCAAGAAGCCACCUCAACCUGCUGGGCCACGGGGGAACCCCACUACCGAACCUUUGAUGGCAAAACCUUUGACUUCAUGGGCACCUGCACCUACACCUUGACCAAGACAUGUGAUCCUGACCCAACCCUGCCUGUCUUCAGUGUGGAGACCCAAAAUGAGCACAGGGGGAGCCUGAAGGUCUCCUACGUCAGCUCCAUCACCGUCCGUGUCUACGACGUGAACGUCACCGUGGUCAGGGCUGAGAACGGCUUUGUGAGGGUGAACAACCACCGCUCCCACCUCCCCAUCUCCCUGGCCCAAGGCAAACUCCUCCUGCAGCAGAGGGGCAAGUCCGUGCUGAUCACAACCGACUUCCAGCUGCAGGUCCGUUACGACUGGGAUCACCACGUGGUGCUCAAGCUCCCGGGGGCUCUCUCUGGCAAAGUCUGUGGGAUGUGUGGCAACAGCAAUGGGAACCCUCAGGAUGAUUCCCUCAUGCCUGAUGGCAAGCUGGCUCAGGAUGCUGUGGAGUUGGCCAAGAGCUGGAAGGUGACCAAGGAGGACCACGACUGCAGGGAUGACUGUGAUGGGGGCUGUGGUGGUUGCCCAUGGGGUGAGGAGGAGAAGUACAAGGAGGAGGCAGCCUGUGGGUUGCUCACUCAAGUUCUGGGGCCUUUUGAGAGCUGCCACAGCACCAUCAACCCUGAAAUCUACCUGAAAAACUGUGUCUAUGACCUCUGUGUCAAUGGUGGGCUCCACGCCGUGCUGUGCCAAGCCCUCACAGCCUACGCCGACGACUGCCAGGAGGAGGGAGUCACCAUCUCUGACUGGAGGACACCAGCACGUUGUCCUCUCUCCUGCCCCAAGAACAGCAACUACACGGCGUGUGGCACCUCCUGCCCCACCACCUGCAACCACGCCGCCGCCACCGCCUGCGCCGCCUCGCCCUGCGUGGAGACCUGCCAGUGCCAGGAGGGCUUCGUGUUGGAUGCCAACGGCUGCAUCCCCCAGGAGGAGUGUGGUUGUGUCCACGAGGGUCUCCUCCACAGCCUGGGAGAGGAGUUUUGGGGUGACAGCAGCUGCACCAAGCGCUGUGUCUGCGAUGAGAAGCAGCGGAGGGCCAUGUGCCGGUGGGGUCGGUGCGGCGCCGGCGAGGAGUGUCGGGUGGUGGGGGGUACCCGUGGUUGUUACCCCAAGAGUUAUGGGGUCUGUGUGGCAGUGGGGGCAACCCACUAUGAGAGCUUCGAUGGCAAGAGGUUCAUCUUCCAGGGUAGUUGCAUGUACCAGCUGGCUGGGUUGUGCAGGAAGAGGCAAGGUCUGGUGGACUUCAAGGUUUUGGUGCAGAAUGGGCGCCGGGACGCUGAGUCGCUGUCGUCCAUCGCUCGGCUGAUGGUCAAAGUCUACGGCAAGAGCAUCAUGAUCAGCCAGGACCACCCAGGCAAGAUCAUGAUCAACAACCAACUGGUCAACCUCCCCUAUGGUGACAGAGACAGGAAGAUCUCCAUCUACAGAGGUGGGCAGGAGGCCGUGGUAGAGACAGACUUUGGCCUCACCAUCACCUACGACUGGCAAAGCCAAGUCACCGUGUCGGUGCCCAGCACUUACACCAACGCCCUGUGUGGCCUCUGUGGCAACUACAACGGCAACGUGGGGGAUGAGAUGAUGACCAGGAUGGGCAGGGUGACAUCAAACCCAGACUCUUUUGGGCACAGCUGGAAGAUCAUCGACAUCCCAGGUUGUGUGGAACAGUCCAAGGUGGAAUGUCCCGGCUUGGACGUGGCUCGGAGCCACCAGGAGCUCUCCAAGACGGGUUGUGGGAUCAUCCUGCAAGAAGAUGGACCUUUUGGAGCUUGUCAUGCUCUUGUGGAGGCCAACAAGUACUUCCAAGACUGUGUGCAUGAUUCUUGCCUCUUCCCAGGGCAGGAAGGGGUGAUGUGCCCCAUCAUCGCUCACUACGCCGCCGUCUGCCAGGCCAAAGGGGUGACCGUGGGGAGGUGGAGGACAGACGACUUCUGCCGGAUUUCAUGCCCUGCAAACAGCCACUACGAGAUGUGCUCCAGGGAGACGUGCAGCCAGAGCUGCAGCAGCAUCUACAGCCCUGCCACGUGCUCCAGGAGCUGCAGGGAAGGUUGUGAGUGCGACGCCGGCCACGCGCUCAGCGGUGACGAGUGUGUCCCCUUGGGGCUCUGUGGUUGCCUCCACCACGGUGUCUACUACAAGGUGGAAGAAACCUUCUUCCCUAGCAAGAAGGAGAAAUGCCAGUGCCAAGUUGGUGGCACAGUGGAGUGCCAAGAAGUGUCUUGUGUUGGGGAUGGCGAAGGCAAAGUCGUUGAGGGUGUCCUCCAGUGCCCACCCGCUGCUGCCAGGGUCUGCGUGGCCACCGGUGACCACACUUACCUCUCCUUUGAUGGGAUGGCCUUCAACAUCUCAGGCACUUGCACCUACAUCCUCACAGAGACCUGUGCUGGAGAAGACAUCAAACCCUUUGUGGUGAAGAUCCAGAAGGACUCCAGGCAGAAGGGGAAGGUCUCUGGCAUCAGGGUGUUGUCUGUGGAAGUCCACGGGCUCACGUUGACCUUGGAGCGAGGGAGGAAGGGAGCUGUCAUGGUGGACUCCAUCUCUCACCACCUCCCAGCCACCCUGGGUCAUGGCCAGGUGGAGGUGCAGCAGCAUGGGCUGGGUGUCCUGCUUCAGACUGACUUUGGCCUCGUUGUACACUACGACCUCCACCAGCACGUGGCCGUCACCGUCCCUCAGAGCUACCGGGGCCACCUCUGUGGGCUCUGUGGCAACUCCAAUGGGGAGCCCAAGGAUGACCUCCUCCUCCCUGAUGGCCAACAAGCUCCCAACCCCGUGGCCUUCAGCUCUGCCUGGAAGAUCCCUGAUGCCUCCUGCAGUGGUGAUUGCCCCAGUGACCUCUGCCCAGUCUGCAGGGAGGAGAAGAAGGUUGUCCUCCAGAAAGCCAACUACUGUGGCAUCCUCACGCUCCCAGAGGGUCCCUUUGCCUCCUGCCACCCCCUCAUUGAGCCCACCUUGUACUUCCAAGCCUGCCUCCAUGACCUUUGCCUCGCUCAAGGGGACACCCACAUCCUCUGCCAGAGCAUCCAGAGCUACUCCAGAGCUUGCCAGGACGCUGGUGUCACGGUUCAGGCUUGGAGAACACCAUCCUUCUGCCCCCUCAGCUGCCCACCCAACAGCAUCUACUCCUUGUGCACCAACCUCUGCUCCCAGAGCUGUGCUGGGCUCGUUGAUGCCUCCAGGUGCCCCAAAACCUGUGUGGAAGGCUGCUCCUGCCAGGAAGGAUUCACCUUUGAUGGCCACAACUGUGUCCCCAAGGACCAAUGUGGAUGCUUGGUGGAAGGGGAAUACUACAAGCCCCACGAGGUCACCCUGAAGGACAACUGCCAGCAGAGGUGUGUGUGUGUCCCUGGAGAGGGUUUGGCUUGCAGCAGCCACAGCUGCACCGACGACGAGAGCUGUGAGAUCAGGGACGGAGCCUGGGGCUGCAUCAACCAAAACCCCUGCAAAGCCCUCCAGUGCCGACCCAAGGAGAAAUGCCAGAUGCAGGAUGGACAACCCAAGUGUGUCCCAUCCCUGGUUGCCAGUUGCUGGGCUUGGGGAGACCCUCACUACCACACCUUUGAUGGCCUCAACUUCGACUUCCAAGGCACCUGCACCUACACCAUGGCCGAAUCCUGUGGCAAUGACACCACUUUGGUGCCCUUCAAGGUGGAGGCCAAGAACGACCUUCGUGGUGGGGUCAAAUCCGUCUCCUACGUCGCCGUGGCCACCAUCAAGGUCUAUGGUCAACACAUCUCCAUCCACCGUGGGGAAGUGGGCAAAGUCAGGGUGUCCGGCGUGUCGGCGCUGCUGCCGUUGACCUUGGCCUCUGGCCAGUUGAGGCUGUGGCAGAGCGGCCUGAGGGCGGCCCUGGAGACAGAUUUUGGGCUGAGGGUGACGUAUGACUGGAACUGGCACCUCCACAUCGACCUCCCCAGCACCUACUACAGACACACCUGUGGCCUCUGUGGCAACUUCAACCUCAAGGCCCAUGAUGACAUCCCCAAGGGAGGCCACGAUGCCACCGCCGUGGUGACCUGGGCUCAAGCUUGGAAGGUCCCCACGGCCACCACUGAGGAUGAGGAUGAUCCCUUCUGCUGGGAUUACUGCGAGGGGGACUGUCCUGUGUGUGAGGAGGAGGAGAAGGAGCUGUAUGGAGGUGACAGCUACUGUGGCCUCAUCAAAAAGACCUCCCAAGGACCUUUCAAAGCCUGUCAUGGCGUGGUCAAGCCUCAGGGGUUCUACCGUGACUGUCUGUACGACGUGUGUGUCAACAAGGGGGCCCAGAGGAUCCUCUGCAAGGUGCUGGAGGCUUAUGCAGCCACCUGCAUGAAGAGAGGGGUGGUGGUGCUGGACUGGAGGACGCCGGCACGGUGCCCUUUACCCUGCCCUGAAAACAGCCACUACGAAGCCUGUGGCACAGCCUGCCCUGCCACAUGCUCUGACAGAGCUGCCCCAGCCUCCUGCUCCUUGCCCUGUGUGGAAACCUGCUCCUGCAACCACGGCUUCGUGCUCAGGGGCGGCCGCUGCGUGGCCGAAGCCGACUGUGGCUGCAGCCACAACGGCCUCUCCUACAGCCCAGGGGAUGAGUUCUGGGCAGAUGAAGCUUGUAGCUCCUUGUGUAGGUGUGACCCAGCUUUAGGCUUGGUGGUGUGUGAGGAAAGGGGUUGUAAGGCUGGGGAGGAGUGUGUGGUGGCCAAGGGGGUGAGGAGGUGCGUGGCCAAGAGCCGCUCGGUGUGCGUGGCCACGGGGGACCCUCAUUACACCACCUUCGAUGGGCACCGCUACGACUUCAUGGGCACCUGCGUGUACCAGCUGGCCAAGCUCUGCUCAGAUGACCCAACCCUCACCCCCUUUGAUGUCACUGUGGAGAACAACCACAGGGGCAACAACCUGGUGUCCUACACCAAGGAUGUCACCUUGAGAGUCUACAACGUGACGCUCAGCCUCAGCCAGACGCACCCGCGGAGGCUCAAGGUGGAUGGCAUCCUGGUUGACCUCCCCUUCACCCACGAGGACAAGCUCCAGGUCUACCUCCACGGUGUCCAUGGCUUCAUCAAGACCGACUUCGGCCUCACCGUCACCUUCGACUGGCACAGCUACGCCCGGCUCAUCCUGCCCAGCACCUACUGGGGCUCCGUCUGUGGCCUCUGUGGCAACGCCAACGGCGACCCAGGCGAUGACUUGGCUUUGCCAGAUGGUUCCUCAACCACUGAUGAGACCCAGUUUGCCAACUCCUGGAAGGUCUCUGAUGUCCCUGGUUGUUUGGCUGGUUGCAAUGGAUCUUGUGGUGAAGUUUGUGGCGAGAAGGAGAAACGAGCUUACCGUGGGGACAAGCACUGCGGGCUCCUGGUGAAGAAGACAGGUCCCUUUGCCUCUUGUCACCCCACCAUUGACCCAACACCUUACUUUGAGGACUGUCUCUUUGACACCUGCCUCUACAAGGGGCACCAGGAGACCGUCUGCCGCUCCCUCAGCGCCUACGUCACCGCCUGCCAGAGCCAGGGGGUCACCGUUGGCCGUUGGCGCACCACGGCCUUCUGUGGCCUCAUCUGCCCUCCCAACCAACACUACGAGCUCUGUGGCCCCUCUUGCCCAUCCACAUGCCACAGCCUGAGCCAAACAGAACCCUGUGACCCAUCCUCGCCGUGUGCCGAGGGCUGCUUCUGCGACGCCGGCUUCAUCCUCAGCGGCUCCUCCUGCGUCCCCCAGUCCCACUGCGGCUGCGUCCACGGCGGCCGCUACUACCAACCCGGCCAACACUUCACCCCCUGCCCAAAGUGCAGCCAGAGCUGUGUGUGCAAAGGCUCUGGGGUGGUGGAGUGUCACCCAGGGGGUUGUGAGGAAGGGGAGGAGUGUGAGGUGAGGGACGGCGUCCGCGGUUGUUACCCCACGGGUUGUGGCCGUUGCCAAAUGUUGGGUCCCGGCGUCUUCAGCGCCUUGGAUGGGCGACUGGUGAGCUGUGGCUCUGGUAACUACACCCUACUUGAGGCUGAAGGCCCUGAGGAGAGCUCCCUGGUGCCUUUCGUGGUGGAGGUGGAGGAGGAAGAGGAGGAGGAGGAAGGAGGAGAGGGGUCGGCCAUCCGGCGGCUGCUGGUCACGGCGCGCGGCGUCACCGUGGCCAUGGAGAGGGGCGAGAGCUGGGAGGUGACGGUGGACGGCGAACGGCAGCAGCUCCCCCUGUGGCUUUUGGGGGGUUCCCUGGGGGUGUCCCAAGAAGGAACCCACCGUGUGCUCCAAGUUGAGGGUGGCCCCAAGCUCCUGUUCGAUGGCAGCUCCUACGUCCUGCUCACCCUCCCUGGCACCUACCGGCGUGUCGGUGGCCUCUGUGCCAACCCCAGCUGCCAGCCCCCUGCCACCCUUUGCCAGGCUGAGGCUGACCUGGGGCCCUGUGGGCUGCUGGAAGAGGCCAAAGGCCCUUUUGCUGGCUGCCACCAGCUGGUGCCACCGGCAGAGCACGUGGCUGCGUGUGCCAAGGCGCAGUGUCGGGAGCCCGGCGCUGCCACGCUGUGCCGCAGCCUCCAGGCCUAUGCUGCAGCCUGCCAGGCGGCUGGAGGGAGCCUCAGGGAGUGGAGGGAGGAGGCCAAGUGUCCCAUGUCCUGCCCCCCUCACAGCACCUACAGCCUGUGUGCCCGCAGCUGCAGCGGCUCCUGCGCCGGGCUCUCGGCAGAGCCCCCCUGUACCCACCGAUGCUUCGAGGGCUGCCAGUGCCAGGGGGGGUUCGUGGCCGACGGCGCCCGCUGCGUCCCCCCCGACGCCUGCGGCUGCCUGCACCAGGGGCGCUACUUCCACAUCGCCCAGACCAUCCUGUCCCCGGACUGCCGGCAGCUCUGCACGUGCCGUGCGCCGGGAUCCGUCCAGUGCCGCGCCACCUCCUGCCCCUUUGGCCAGUCCUGUGGCCUCAAGGAUGGACUUCGAGCCUGCCUGGACCAACCAGGACGUUGCACUUUGGCUCCAGCAGCUCGUUUCAUCUCCUUUGACCAAGCCACUGGCACCACCACGGCCACGGGCACCUACGUGGUGGCCACCGUGUGUGACCCUCAACAUCCCGCGUGGUUCCGGCUCUUGGUUGACGUUGGGGUGGUCAAAGAGCAUCCAAGCGUGGUGGCUCUUCACCUCUACAGCUCCAGAGCCUUUGUCACCAUCAAGAGGGACAAGAUGGUUUGGGUCAAUGGGGUCCCAGCUCCUCUCCCCGUCCAGGUCUCUGACACUUUGACCAUCACAGAGACCCGAGGAACCAUCUGGAUCACCCAAAAACCCCACCUGCAGCUCGGCCUCAGCCCCCUUGGGGAGGUGACAGUGACAGUGGCCCAAGAGCUGAGGCAGCAGCUCUGUGGGAUGUGUGGCAACUACGACGGGAACACGGCCAACGACCUCCAAGGGCCCGAUGGCAAGCUGGUGGGAGACAUGGCGGCCCUGGCCAAGGCCUGGAGAGCCCCUGACUUCACCCAUUGAGGAUGAGGAGGAGACGAGACCCCGAGGCCAAACCCUCCCUGGAGCCUGAGGAGCUGUUUCCCACCCCCCCACACCCCAAAACUGAGGGGUUUCACCCCAAAAUCCCCCCCUUGUGUUUGCAAUAAACUCCCUGAUUUAGGGGGAAAAAAGGGAAA